UGGAAGUGGUCUCUUCAUCAACCAUCUCUCUUUGGCUUUGGCUCUGGCUCUGUCUCUCUUCACAGAGUUGGGGUUGGUUUCAUGAAGGCUUCCAUCGCCAUAGCCAGCUUGCUUGCCUGACUUACACCCACCCACACUACCCUUGUUGGGUCCCUUAUUUGGUCCUUUCUGACGCUUACCCAUAACGGUGUUUUGAUACAUUAGGGUUUUGGUUUCCCUGUGUUAAUCCCCCCCCCCCCCCCAUGAGGCUAGUGGAAUGUCGGUUUUGGGUCGGGGAUUUUCGACAGUUAAGCUGUUCGUUUGAAUCGAAGGGGGUUUGAAGAGUAUGAUAUUGUUACUUGAAGCCGGGGAUGGAGUUUGACAGCGGGGGAUUUUUUUUCUGUAUAUUUUGAGGCGUGAACCUUUUUAAUUUUUUUCUCAGAGGAAUUUGGUUGCAUUCGUUGGAUUGUUGGGAGCUAAGGCUCUUGCAAUGGUUCCAUUAUUUAGGGUUUUAGGUUUUGGGAAUGGAUUGGUGUUGGAGAGGAUUUGAGAGGAUUAAUUAGAUCCAUUUCUUGGUGGGGACGAGUUCGGAGCAGGCUUUGCGGAGAUAAAAUUGGGUGUCAAUUAGGGUAAGUGAAGGAGACGCGUUUUGUAGCUAUGGGGAAGAAUCAGGCAUACAAGGCGAUGCAGCGGGCCAAAAUGGGCACAAGUACUGCUGCCGGCGGUCCGGGCGAAGAGAUUGAUGAUGGCAUGAUGGACGGAUCUUUCCAUUCUCCAGAAUGGCAUGCUGCACGUCUGGCAUCUCUUCAGACUUCGCACACAGUUACGUGGGAAGAGUGGAAGCAGAAGCAGAAGGAGGAAGCCAAGAGACAAGAAGAACUUGAAGUUGAUGAGGCUAAGUUAAUGAGGGAAUAUCGAGCACAAUUGGAUGCUGAGCGAGCGAAGAAACUAGCACGAGGAUCAAACCAUGCCACCUUGCGGGAUAAAGUCUUAAAAAAGAGCAAGAGGGACAAAGAUAGGGACAAAGACAAGGACAAGCUUAAAAGUAUCAAGAAAAGAAAGAGGUCAUCUUCUAAGAAGCGUCGUGGUAGAAGCGACUCUGAGUCAUCAGCAGAUGGCUCUAGCAGUGACAAUGAUCGGCGAAAAGACCGAGAUCGACGAAAGAGCAGAAAGGAUAGAAAGGAGAGGAAGGAGAGGCACAGAUCACGAAGAAGACGAUCUGAGAGUACAACAGACAGUAGCAGCGGUAGUGAUGGUGAGGAGCUUCACAGGGGUUUGGGGAUUUGAAUGAUUGGUGAAUUUAGGAUGCUGUCGCACUAUCAAGUGGAAAUGAUUUUUCUAGCUCAGUAUUCGGGAGAAGUUCGUGGCGUAAUAAAUCAUAACUAUGUGAUCCUCGUAAUCUGAAGGAAGUUUCUGGGAAGGAAAUUGUCCCUUCCUAGCUUGUCCUGUGUGCAAGCGCAUUAAGGCGUUACAAACUGCUACUUCAUGAAAAAUAUAGUGGACACGCAUGUUGCCCUAAUUAUUUUUUAUUAGCAAAUUAUAGUGAUGGAGUCUGAUCCAACACCCGUUAUUGUGCGAGGGUCAGUAAGACGACAGGGUGUCUAUGAUCUUGAGUGAUUCUUUGCACAUCAUUAUAACCUGACAGAGUCACGAUCCUCAGUUCUCGGAAUGUAGUCAGCUGGGAAUCGUGAGGUAAUUCUAUUGCCUUUUUGGAGACAUUUCUGAACAACUCAAUCCCUGCAUUCUGGCAAGUGGCCUAGGAAUGAAAGUUGCUCAACAGGAACUCUUUUUAAUAUUAGAAAUAGUUUUAUUCAACAAAUGUGCACACAA